AUGCAUAAGCCCUCUCUCUGCUCUGUCGUCCUGCUGUCAGCCGUCAGCUUCGUGUCGGCGAGCGAUAUCUGUGCCUACACCUCCCGCAAUUGCCUUCCGACGACGUUUGGUUGUUGUUCAAACAUUCCACAAACUACUUGCUGCUACUGGCCAAACAAUUACGGCUGGUCUGUAAAGUUUCAAAAUAUGCCGUCGUCACCUUGGGCUGGCAGCGUCUCGCAAAAUGACGUUUGUACCAGUGUUUAUAAUGGGUCGACAUAUCUCAACUGGUUGUCUGCAAACUGGAAUGCGGGUACUCUCAUAAGCCGCGACGAUGCCAACUGCGUCCGGCCGAAUGUGAUCGGAUUUACAACAGAGGUUGGGGAAGAGCAUCUCGUGAAGGUUCCAGAAGGGAAGUUUGAUGAACUUAACGAGUGGGUGAAGACGGGCAGUUUUUCAAAGCUCCUAGUGCUCGACAGUAUCUAGGACAACAACAACUCCAUGGCAUAAUUUUGAGAUUUGAAACUUAUGUACAACUCUAGCUUGACUCAGGCCCUUUGCAAUUCAAGUUUUUGUUGAAAAAGAA